AGUUCAAUUACAGGAUAUCCUACUUGUAAGGGAAAGUGGAUUACCUUUGUUGAGUGUCUGUCAGUGUGCCUUUACACUUCUCAUUGUAUUUUCUAUCCAGCAAUAAUUCCAUAUUGUGUUCUCUCGCAUUAUUUUUCAUGCUUACUGUUACAGUAUCCUUCCACAUGCUGUGAAUGCCUGGUAAAAAUGAGGAUUGCUUUCAAAGCUAGUGACUUUUUCCCUGAAAACAUCUUGCUGUCUAGUACACAAUUCCUCAGCAGCAUUUAUUUACUUACUUGCAGUUACAAAGUUCAUGUAAAUGCCAAGAUAGUUUCAGAAGUAAAAUGCCAAAAUAAUUAUUUGGUUUGUACAGGAUAAGCAGGCACAGGACAGUUCACCAUGAGCCAUUUCAGAGACCAAACCUGCUUCCAUUUAAAUCAGGAACUGAUUUUGUAUGUCUUUCAGUAGGAUACAGUAAAAUACAUGCCAGAAUAAUUCCUCAUUUAAACUGUCUAUUUAAAUGAGUUAAUAGAAUUGAAAUGCCCAGGCUCUUCUACACUAACACAUCUAUAUGCCAAGCUUUAAGAGUUGCAUCAGGAAGCUUUUUGUAAUAAUUAUAAAAAAAUUAGGUAUCCAUGUUUCUGCUUAAUAAUCUGUGACUCUCUAGAAUAUGUGAUGCUUAAAAAUGUGUUACAAAAUGACAAUACUGGAAACAAGAAUAGCUUGAACUUCUCCUGUUUUCUGCUACAUUUUUUAAGAACUGUACUUUCUUCCUUUGAAUCCCAACACCACUCCCCCAAAUACUUAUUUUUAAUCCCUUCAUAAACUGAAGCAGGCUAUGUUCCAAAGCCAAGAACGGAUCCUUUACUCUAUGCUUGCAUAUUUCAUUAUGUUGCAUAAAUAAUGCAGGUAAAUCUGAAACACACAAAAGCCACAUGGCCACAGGUUGGCAGAACAAAGAAGCAGAUACAAGAGAUUGGGCUUCAGUGCUUGAAGGUGUAAAAGCAGAGUUAGGUUUAGUACUAGACAAAAGUCCACACAAUUCCAUUGGAAAACUUAGUUACUACAAAAGAAGAGGAACUGAAUCAGGUUGCCAGUGUUGUUGCACUGAAAAGAAAAAUUGUACCACCCCCUUUUCCCAUUUCUGGUGUAUGAAAGUAUUCAGGAUAUUUAACUGUAAGGGAAAAGAAGUUAGAGAAAAUUGGUUCUAAUUUGUCUUUGUUCAUUCUUGUGACCUUUCUCACUCCUAGUAGGAUAUCCAAUUCUAUUUUUUGUUUUUUUAGUAAGAGAGCAGGAUAGCUGUCCAGAUGUCCUCUUAGAUUGGAAAAAAAGACAGAACUCAGAUUUCUCUAAAACAGAAGAGAACCAGGCUUAUAUCUAAGCAGGUUGAUACUGCAAUUCCUUGUUUCUUUUUGCAUGGGUUUUGGUUAACAUGGAUUAUUCAGAAAGGUAGUAGGGUGACAGGAAGACAGGCUUGUGGCAGGUGAGUUUGUGAAUGCUCCUGUCUAUUCAUCCUUCAUUUGUUAAGCAAACUGGACAACCUAAGUAAGAAGAAUACUCCAAAACCAAGGUAUUUUCCUUAAUGCUUCAUGCCAUCUGCAAUGGGUUUCUUCUGUGUGAUGUUUUCGUUGACAUGAUACAAAAUAAGCCAGGCCUUUUUCAACUAGAGCAAAAAUACACCUUUUAUGAAGUUUCAGUCAAGUCAGACAUGUAUAUUUGUACGACUGCUUGAUUUUGUUUAGAUUGAGACCUAGAAUUUAAUAUUAUUACAUACUGUGCUCUGCAGUUUUAUAAGUCAUAACUAAAAGCAUUUUUAUGUUGAUACUCAUAAGUUGGCAUUGAGUUACUAUUUUGAUCAUGAAAGAAUUCUGGAGAAUUAUUUUUAUUGGCUUUUCUUAAAUCAUAUACAAGGUAUGACUUGAUUGUUUAUUAUGUACAAUUUAAGCAUAGUAAAGACAACUCACUAGUUCUUAGGUUACCUACUGCAAUUAAAUAUUGAUAAAGGAAAAUAACACCUUCCAAUAUUCUGCAAAUCUGUGUGUUUUCCCUCUUGUCAUCAAUUGUGUAGCUUUCAUAAGAGACUAAUGAAAGGGGUAAUGCUUUUACUGGUGCUGGGGGGCGAGGGGAAAAGCAGCACUUAAUUUUUUUCUCUUGGUUAUCUCACUGUGGUUCUGAUGAGCUAGGUAAGUCUCACACAGUAGGUUUACAGGUCACUUCAUAGAGUCAGUGCCCUGGCAUUUUAUGGCCUCCUAAUGAGCCGUUAAACGGGAGCUGAGGUAAUUAAAUACGGUACUCUGGGACAGUGAACGCGGUACUGACUCCGGCUCUCUGAUUUUAGGUUCCUCAGAAGACGAUGAGGUCAUUCAAGAAGGUCUCCUCAGGCUCAGCAGGGGCGAGUAAAGGUGGAGACGAGCCCGGGAAGUUGCCGGAGCAGGAGGAAGAAGAGGAAUCCCAGGUUUUGCACGGGACCGGCCAUUGCAAAUGGUUCAAUGUGAGAAUGGGAUUCGGGUUCAUCUCCAUGAGCAACCGAGAGGGAAGCCCCUUGGAGUCUCCAGUUGAUGUCUUUGUACACCAAAGCAAGCUUUACAUGGAAGGAUUUAGAAGCCUAAAAGAAGGAGAACCUGUGGAAUUUACUUUUAAGAAAUCUUCCAAAGGCCUUGAAUCAAUACGGGUAACAGGCCCUGGUGGGAGCCCCUGUUUAGGAAGUGAAAGACGACCCAAAGGGAAGACAGUACAAAAAAGAAAACCAAAGGGAGAUAGAUGCUACAACUGCGGUGGCCUCGACCACCACGCUAAAGAAUGUAGUCUACCUCCGCAGCCAAAGAAGUGCCAUUACUGUCAGAGCAUCAUGCACAUGGUGGCUAACUGCCCCCAUAAAACUGUCUCGCAGCAGCCCGCUAGUUCUCAGGGAAGACACGAAGCCGAGCCGCAGCCUUCCACUUCUGCCUUGCUGAGAGAAGGGGGAGGAUCGCACGGCUUCUCGUCUCCAUCGUACUCUCAGGAAGGCAGGCCGGAGAUGUCGGAGCGCUCGGGCAGGUCACCGCAGGAAGUGUCGUCGAGUAAGUUGUCUGCGUCGCCUGAAGAACCAAACAGAAAGGGGCCUUCAGUUCAGAAAAGGAAAAAAACUUAAUGCAUUUUUCAUAAUGUUCCGUUUUCUUUACCCUCUUGGGAUGUCUACCUCAUGCAAGUACAGGGGAAAUAAUUCAUUAUCAGUAGCUGACCUGGAAUUUUAACUACUGUUGAGGAACUGUGAAUGUUUUGUUGUUUUUUGUUGUUUUUUUUUUCUUUGACAGACAAAUCACUCCAAACAAAAUACAUUUGAGCAGGGUGCAUUAUGUUUUACUUUCUGUGUGUAUGUGUGAGUGUGCAUGCAUGUGUGUGUAUGUGUACAUAUCUAUAAAUAUAUAUUUUUCCAUCAGACCAUUCUCCAGAUCCCACCAGACAUUACUGUGAAGCAAAAGUCACAGUACCCACCCAAUGUUCCUGAACUCAUUCCUAGAAACUGUUUAUUAACGUGUUCAGAAAGCAAACAAGAAAGCCCAAUUUUUUGAAAUUUCACUCAGAAACAAACCAAACAAGAACUGAUAAACCACACAAAGAACUGAGAUCAAGACUGUUACGUUUCUUGUGAACCAAAGGAUACUUUCAUAUUUUAAAGCUGCCAUAUGGUACUAAAGAUACUAAGACAUCCCCCGUACCAUCAAUUUGAAUUAUUUCCUUUUUCAUCUCCACAAAAUAUCAAAACCCUCCCUUCCCCAUGCCAGUGCAGGGCAGUUUCAUGACUCAAGACAACUCUCAUUGCCACCACCCUUUGUUGGUGAGGAGUUUAAAGCUCCAGAAAAGACAAUGAAUGUGUAGUUUCUGUGAUGGUUUCUCAAAACGUUUUGUUAAAUUAAUAUGAUUGUAACUGUAACUUAGAUGUCUGUUGUGUAGGGGAGAAUGUGUAAGUUGUUACCAAACAGAUCCUUUUGAGUGGUGUCAGGAUGCCAUCCUGCUUAGCCAUUUGUAUACUGUGAGCAUUUAGGGUACCUUGGUGGCAGUAGUAGCCGCAGCAGCAGCAAUUUCUCUUGGUCCCAAGUAGUGUCCCUCAAUUUGAAGGUUCUUCCCCCUUAUUUCCUAUUGAAAUACCAUGGAGAGAACUCUCUAGGGAUUUUUAUUGUUGUUGUUGUCUGUUUGGGUUUUCAAGAAAACAAAAUGCAAAGCUAACGAGAUCCUGGGCUGAAUAGUUUCCUAAGACUAAAGGUUGAUGGGCACUUGGGGUUGCUCAGCUGGCCUCCCUAGAUGGUGAUACAGCAGGGGGGCAGACCUGCAGAUUUGCCAGAAGCCCUGGGCAUCACCUGCUUCUGGUGAACUGGGGGCUGCAGCUGACCAGCCUUGGUGCAGAGUGCCCUAGGACCACACACUUCUGUGUGAAAGAGGAGGAAGAUUGGUGGCCUCAGAGUGAGACUCCCUGGGCUGCAGGCCUUGCCCGGGGUUAAUAAGAGUUGGAGCCUAUCAAAACUUCAAGUCGCUUUCCAUUUGUAACUUUUGAAUUACCAAGUCAUACGUAAGAUAACGUACUCUGACAAAUCCCAUUGUGGAUGUAAGUUAAUUAGAGAAACCUGUAUAAUCCUUAACAUUGGCAAUAAACACAGGCUGUUAAAGCUUGAAAGUGUCGGGUAGGUUUAAGCUCGGAUAAUCAAACUAAAGAAACAGCCUGCAUGAAAGGCUACAGCGAGCCAAAGUCCUACCCUGGUAACUCCUCUGCAGCCGAGGGUUACACCAGGUAUGCAGCUGGCUCACUGCCUGGCCUUUCCCCUUCCCACUUGUCCUGCCACAUGAGACUUUUACUGGUGCUGCUGCUGCUUCAGUGAACAGGUAGUCGUCAUCAAACUCCUCAGUGAAGGGCACAAUUUCGAGAGAGAAUUAUUUUGUGUGAAUUCCUUGCCAGUGUUUGCAAGAAUCUCAAGGUUUGUACUGAAGUUCUCAGUAAUGCUAAUGCAAAGCUUACCUUUGACGAUAUUGAAUGUGAUAUAUCUAUAGAGAACGUCCUUGCCUUACGUAAGGAUAGUAAACUUAUUUAAAUUAUGUAGACAAAUCAAAGUGGCAUUGCUUAACCUUCUAGUCGGUGUAAAAACCAGGUUAAACAGCAAAGAUGCAAAACUUAGGUCACUUUGAAAAUUUAAACCAAAGUUCCUUAUAGAAAUAGGCAACUGUGGAUUUGAAAACUGGUCAUUCCCUGUUUAUAUGUAAGAAGUUCAGAGCUGAGACAAGGAAAUGUUUUCAACAUGUGGAUUUUUGUAGGUGCUGUUUGAAAUCACUGUGCGCACCAAAGUCAGACUGAACUGCUAAGAGCACAUACCAAACCCUAUCUUAUUGUUGAAAGCUUAAGGUUUUAUUUUUAUAUAUUAGAAUGUUAUCACUGUUACAUAACAUACUCAGGACAAAGAACUUUGCUCAGGGAAUAUACCAUGUAAUGUUUUUUCUUUACAGAAUAGUCUACAGACCUGCUUACUCAGAACAAACCAAAUAGUCUUAGACCUUUUUAUCUCUGUAUAAGUAUUAUGUACUGAUGUUAGUAACUACCUCUGAGUUGACGUAGACCUACGUUUCUGAUAAUCAGAUCUCAGCAUUUUGUAUUAUAAGUUCCUGUGAAAUGAUGAAGUGGUAUUAUGUACUGGUUGCUUAUGUGAGCAUUUGUGUCUUUAUAUUCACAGGGUCUGAGUUUUCAGAGAU